UAUUUGUUUGUUUAUUUAUUUGUUUUUGGCUUCAAAGCUCAAUCCUACUUCUUUUACCUUAUUGAAUUCUGUAAAUUUGGAUGCUAGUUUUGAGUUUGGGUUUCUGUUGCUAAAAGUUUGUUUGGGGUUAAAGUGAUUGACAAUGUUGCACAUCAAUUUGUAUUGUCUUUACCUUAUUUGAAUUAAUAGUUCAAAUUUGAAUUAAGGUUUUGAGUUGUGAAUUAUGAAUUUAUGAUGUUUCUACGCGUGUUUUCACAUUGGUUUAUCCACAGACAUUAUUUUUUGAGUGAGAAUGAAGCUUGGAAUAAUGAAAUGUGUUUUGCUGUGUCGUUGUUUUGUUAGAUUAUGAAUAUUCGCUGCGUGGAUUGUGGGAGGGAAGCAUUGAGAGGGAGAUGGUCAAGCAUGAAGUUCACCUCCGGUCAGCAGAGAAACUUCGAGACUUGUGUUUUAAGAAUGGAGUACUUGGUUCCUCAAGAGUAUGUUAUAACAUUGAGGGAAUCUAUGCUAAAUAGAUGUCCAGUUUCUUCAUAUGAGCAAAUAUGUGAAGUAUUCAAGAGGGAGCUUGGAGACACACCGGAAAAUAUAUUUGCUGAGUUUGACCCAAUUCCAAUAGCAAGUGCUUCCCUUGCACAAGUCCAUGUAGCCCACACACAUGAUGGCCAAAAAGUUGCUGUGAAGGUUCAGCAUGCUCACAUGACUGAGACUGCAGCUGCAGAUCAUGCCACAGUGGAAUUGGUUGUGAACACUCUGCAUAGGUUUUUUCCCAGUUUUGAUUAUAGGUGGUUGAUUGAUGAGAUUAAUGACAGUUUACCCAAGGAAUUAGAUUUUUUGGUCGAGGCAAAGAAUAGUGAGAAGUGUGUGGAAAACUUCCGGAAGUUGUCUCCUCAUGUUGCAAAUUAUGUAUAUGCUCCAAAAGUAUAUUGGAAUCUAAGUACCUCAAAGCUUCUAACAAUGGAAUUCAUGGAUGGUGCUCAUAUAAAUGAUAUCAAGACCAUUCGAAAACUUGGAAUCCAUCCACAUGAACUUUCAAAAUUGGUAAGUCAGACUUUUGCGGAAAUGAUGUUCAAGCAUGGGUUUGUGCACUGCGAUCCACAUUCUGCAAAUUUAUUGGUUCGUCCAAUGCCUUCUGGGAAACGUAAUAUUCUGGGCUGGAGAAAACCUCAGUUGAUUCUUUUAGAUCAUGGACUUUACAAAGAACUUGACUUCGAUACAAGAACUAAUUAUGCUUCACUGUGGAAGGCUUUGGUAUUUUCUGAUGUUAGUGCAAUCAAGGAAUAUAGUGCAAAAUUGGGUGCUGGAGAGGAUUUGUAUGUACUUUUUGCCGGAGUUCUGACUAUGAGACCAUGGAAAAGAGUUGUUGACCAAUCACUGGAUCAUUUAGUUUUUAACGGAACAGAGAGUGAAAUUUCAGAACUGCAGAUGUACGCUUCUGAAUAUUUCCACCAAAUCUCAGAGCUUCUAAGGAGAUUACCGCGUGUGAUUCUUCUAAUGCUGAAGACAAAUGACUGUCUACGAGCAGUCAACAAUUCUCUGCUGCAAGGAUCUUCUCUGGACACAUUUUUCAUUAUUGGAAAGAUUUCUUCCGAGGCUGUCAUCGAUGUGAAGAUGUCGCAAAGUAAGUCCCUUUUAAGUUGGUUGAAUGUCAGAUUGGAAAAGAUUUUGCUGGAAGUACGACUUUGGGGAAUUCAGAUAGUCUUGUGGAUUUACCAAAUAAGAAAGGCGCUAUCUUGGUCUGACCAAGGAUUAGUAUAAAAUUAUUCAUAAGCUACUAAACUACUUUUGUACUACUAUAAACAUUUUACAAAUAAUAAGCUCUUAUACAAGUUAUAGUGCAUUCUUUGUCUCCGUGGUCAAAAUCUCCUGCCCAAUUUGCAGAUUUUGUUUGAGCACGGAUUGAUGAAUUGAUUUAUAGGUUGUGAGAGAUAGGAAAGGAGCAACUAAAGCCUUUUUUUUAAAGGCUUUAUUCAUGUAUUCAGUGUGUUGUAAAAUGCCCAUUAAUAUGGGAAAAGUACAGUGAGAGAUAUAUAGAAUACUUUUCUACAUUAAUUUUAUUUUGAAUGGCUGAA